ACAGUCAGAGCUCUGUCCAAAUCAGGAAGAGCGAGAGUCUGGCACGACGCCGUGCGCGCAUUGGACUGCUCACGGCCCGGGGCUGCGGGGCGCGGAUGCGGAUUUGGAAGGAAACCAUGAAGGGAAUAAGUCCUCUCAGCGUGGACACACAAGGGGGAGGGAGGGUGUUUUUGACGAUCCUGCUGACGUUGGGACACAUGACGACAGUCACAACUCUCCCUGGAGUCCUCAAUGACACCACCACGGCUCUCGACUGCACCAACGACUUUGACGAGCAGAUGUUUUGCGCCUUCGACGCGCUGAACUGCUCCGAGCACGAGGUGACUCUCCUGAGCAACGACGGGCACGGAGAGACGCAUUGCGUUCCCAGACACUGUGACAGUGGACGCUGCUGUUGCUCUGUCCAGAUGAUGCUGAUUUUAGGGGAGACUCACACAGCUUCGCUCCGGAAAGGAGGCAAAAGUGUGGAGGACAGAAUCAUCAGCAUCUCGGCAAGCAUAAAGCCCAAGACGCCGACGAUCAUCUCAGUGGAUGAGGUCAAUGGGAGCUUUCAAGUCAAGUGGAAAACCAACAUGGAGGGCGCCAUCGGCGACAGCUUGACUGCUAAUGUGACUUACCACAAGAAAGAUGAUGCAAAGAAGGUCUUUCAGUCUGUCCAACCGACCACCGUUGAUGGACUGAGUAUCUAUGAAAUACCUGGUUGGGAUUUAGAGCCAAGCACGACAUAUGUGGUCAGUGUGAAAAGCUACAUUGAACGGAGCGGCAAGUUCAGUGACAGUAGCAAAGAGUUGGAAUUCACAACCCCUGCUUCCCCUGAUGCCCUGUUCCUGGGGAUCAUCAUCAGCCUCAGCAUUGCUGCGGUCCUAAUCACCAGUGUUGUAUUCUGCUGUUAUGUAAAGUUGAAGUCGAAGUGGUGGGACACAGUCGUCAAAUGUUCAAACCCCAAACUUCUUCUUAUCCGUCCAUAUGAACAACAGCUCUUGAAGCCUGAGCUGCCCAUCACCUGCGCUGUCUGUGUCGAGCCCCUUAUUCCGGACGACAGUGAAUCGUGGUGGAAGGGGUCACUGGCAGACACUAGCAGUGGGAACCUAAAGCAGAGCAGUGGAAUCAGCACUGCCUCCUCUUGUCUCAGUUACAUGAAAACAGAACCUGCUGACAUUUUAGCCAGCGUUCACGAUGCCCUGAGUAAAGCCUUCCCCAAUAUCAGCCCAACAUCACCCCUCACCACCAAUCUGCUCCAAGAAUCCAACAGAGACGGCGGCCUAUUGUCCGUUCCCUUCGGUCCUUGUGAUGCCAACGCCGGUGAGGUGAAAUCUGGAUGGUCAGCCUUCAACAAUAAAACCUACUCAAUUCUCAUUUCCAGCUGCCCUCCAAUGAUUAUGACAGACAGCUCUGAAGUCCGGGCCCCGGCUGAUAUGGUUUGUGACUCUGCCUACUGUCCUACCGAGGGCGACGUGGUGGCCUGCCAGGAGCAACUUGCGCCAGCUUGUCCGCUUCUUAAUUCACAGACGGCGGCUUCAUCUCCGAUGCCGACGGAUAUGUCAUAUCACCAGUGCAAUGCAGACUCAGGGGGAUUAUCAUAUGCAGAAGACUCCGGUUCGUCCUCCAUCUCCAGUGGCACCAGCACAACAUUCCUGUGUGAUCCUGUGUCCAGAGUUGAGGCCGGGUAUGAGAGCCUGGAUGAGGGGAUCAGCGCUGCGACAAAGCCAAUUGGACCAAUGGAAGUGGCCAUCAAAUGCGAUGACAACCCCUGCUACGGCUGUGUGCCUGCUGGCUCGCACAGCUUGCCUCCGCUGGAUGACGCCUACCAGGCCUUUCAAACUCUAGUGGGGCAGCCUGGAGCUGAGAGAAAGGAACAUUUGGACCAAUGUCCAGUGGAAUCGUUCACCAAGGGCUCACCAGCGAUUCCGGGUUUCAUUCGCAAUGUCCAGGGUGACCAGUGUCUCUCUGAGCUCCAAAGACCCUUUCUGUCUUUGAUCUCCGCUGCCGUGCCUGUGGCAGUAAUGACGGAAAGCGGCUAUCAGGGUGUGUAGUGCUGGAUCUCUAUGCGUUCAUGUUUUUCCAUUCAUUUCAUGUGUCUAUUUAGAGCUUGGAAACAUUGUCAAAUGUGUCGCAAGACCUACAGCAGCACAACAGUCUCAUCUUAAUAUGCAUCUAUCAGCUGUUCCAUGAGGUUUUGACUUACAGUCUUCUGUGACGGUCAUGGGGUGCGACAGGAAGCUCCAAGACAGAUUAAUGGAUCUUAAAUUGACACUGUUUUCUUAACUGUGAGAUGGCUUUAUAAAAGGACAGGUUUUUUUUCUUCUUGCUUUGAGUAAAAGACAAGACACUUUUUGCACUUUGAGAACAAGUUAUUUGUGAAUGCUUUGGAAUGUUUUUGUUUUUUUAAUUUUACAUGGUUUGGUUUGAUGUGAAACAGCUGUAAAGUUUGUAGAUAAAAUUAUUAGUGUAGAAUUUCAGUUCGAGAACAGAAUGCAGUAGUUUUGAAUUGUGUGCUUGCAGCAAAAGCCGCAGCCUUGCAGCCAAGUCAUGCAUCUGUAUCUCACAGGGCUAUUUGUUUUUCAGAUUUAAGUUUUACGUUUUGGACAUCAAUCCUGAAUCUUUAUGAUUAAUUCGAUCGUUAGAAUGGAUCAGAAGUGACUGAAUUCUGUGAAUGAAACAAGCCAGGGCAAACAGUGGACAUAUAUCGCUUGUGCCUUUCAGGGUUGUGAAAUGACCUCCUCUUUUCUCUUCUCUGGAACUGCUGAGGCAUUUAAACAAACACCAUUACAGUACGUCACACAGUAGCCUACGUCCUCACCGCAGCUCAUGCAUGUAAGUCGAAUGAAAUAUUUUCACUAUGAGAAUACGUGUGAAUCCGUUGUAACUGUUACAAAUAUGGCAUAUUUUUUGUUCAAAUAAAAGUGUCUCACACUCUGA